AUGGUAGUGUCCAUUGUUUUUCUACAAUGUUAUUUUUCUGACUGGUGCUGGUGGACGAAAAUUUGGUUUCGUUUCGUCGCGUGUGAGUUUUUGCUAGUGUUCAGUGCUCGAUAUUGUGGUUUAUUUGGUGUAGAUCACGAAGAUGUCGUCACCGAGCGCUGGGAAACGUCGCAUGGACACAGAUGUCAUCAAACUUAUUGAAAGCAAACACGAGGUGACAAUUCUGGGGGGACUGAACGAGUUCUGUGUCAAAUUCUUCGGUCCUGCAGGCACUCCGUACGAGGGCGGCGUGUGGCGCGUGCGAGUGCACUUGCCGGACCACUACCCGUUCAAGUCGCCGUCCAUAGGGUUCAUGAACAAGGUGUACCAUCCCAACAUCGAUGAGGUGUCCGGGACGGUGUGCCUCGAUGUGAUCAACCAGGCCUGGACCGCGCUCUAUGACUUAUCGAACAUAUUCGAGUCGUUCCUGCCUCAGCUGCUGACGUACCCCAACCCCAUCGACCCGCUGAACGGAGACGCGGCCGCCAUGUACCUACACAAGCCUGAGGAGUAUAAGAAGAAGGUGUCAGAUUACGUCCGCCGCUUCGCGACCGAGGAGGCUCUAUGCGAAAAGGACGCCAUCACCGGAAACGGCGCCCCCUCCGCUUCCGCCUCCAAAAACAGCAACGGAGCUCCGAAUAAUAACACGAGCGACACAGAAUCCAGUAUGAGCGACUUUAGCGACGACGAAGCUCAAGACAUGGAGUUAUAACGUCCGAUAAGGUAUCUCUCUCGCUCACACGCGCUGGCUGCCGGCAGAAAGGGAUAGAUGGCGUCUUGGUUGUGAGGUUUGCGGUUUAGGGGUUGUUUUGUUGGUGGGUGAAGUUGGGGGUUUGUGGUGAAAUCGACUUAACCUUUCAGAUUCCUUUAACGGGAUGAUAGUAGUGCGAAGAAUAAAACUGUUAUAGCCACACAAAUGCAUAAUUCUUUAUUAUUAUCCACUUUCUUAAUGGAAGAAAUUAACGCGCGUAAAGCGCCCAGUAAGCAAACUAUUCUUCUGAGGACUUGUCAUGUAAUCAUUGUCCAUGGUAGUCAAGAUAAGUCGGUUUCACUAUAACGGUAUAUUGGAUCGUUAUGCAAAAUUGUGAAUUUGUUUUCGGAGUGCAACGCAGUUGUUUCGUCAAAUCAGGGUGUUCAAAAAGUUUUAUAAAAGGGUAUAAAUUAUAUUGCAAAAGAAAUCUCAUAACGAAGACAGAGCCAUCUAUCGGUAUUAAUAUUUUUCGUUUAUUAAUAUGUCUUUAAAAUGCUGUUUUAAGAGGGUUGUUUGAAAUUAAAGUCGGUUAUGAGUUGUCUUUAUUACAUUGCGUUUGCAAAAACUUAUUACAAUACUUAUAUUUGUCGAGUUAUUUCUUGUCUGUUCGUCAGUAGAAUAGUUACAAAAGUACAUUAUAUUAUAUUAUACCUAUCUUCUUAAUUUAACAAAUGAAAUGUAAUAAAAACAACAUACGACAUAAUGUCGCCAUCUUCAUUCAAAAACGUAAUAUACGUAACAAGAAUGACAAUGAAACGAUUAUGUAAUAAUCACUUUAAAAAUUCGUGUUUUUGAAAUAUUUGACAAGUGUUAGAACGGUUUGAUUAUGAACUUAGAGUUGGAUAUUAUAGGAGUGUUUUUGGCUUGUCUCAACGUUUGUGUCUUCGCUUACUGUUUCGUAGCAAUAUAAAUGUUAGGACAAAAGUGUUCACUGCCGAAAUAUCGGCACCUUAGGGUUAAACUUCGUAGUUUGGAUUUGGGAAAGGGAUUCUAAAAAUCGUAUAACUUAAUUAAGCUCUUGAUAAUAUUAUGAAUGAUUCGAUAGAUUUUAACGUGUAUUACGUAGUCUAUACAGUUUUUCGAAAGAUCUUUUCUUUGGUCCCCACUUAAGAACUUGGCUAUCGGUUCUUCGGCAGAUAUGACCGGCCCACUGCUACUACAGUUCUCAGAUUUUUUUAGUUCUCUGAUUUUAUUUCUGAUUUAUUGCUUCAGGAAAUAACCUGUCAACUAUGUACUACUGUAUAGACUACGUAAUGUAUGUAUAGUAUAGUAUGCUAACUAACAUACUGAAAUUAUCAGUUGUUUUUCAGACCAGCGGCUCAAUAGUGGUGUGAGUGAGAUAGCAUUUUGUAAAUAUAAAUCUGUCCCCAUAGCAUAAAUCAACUUAAAUAUUUUUGAGUCUAAAGUAUAGACCUGCAGUCAUCACUUAUAUCUCAUAGGUAUUUAAUUUUAUUUUUUAUUUUUAGUAGUAAUUUUUAAACGAAUGUGUCAUCACUGUUUUGUCUGGUUGUAAACUUCCUGAGCUUUAAACAACUACUAAAUCUACCAUUUAUUUUUGUUGUCUGGCAAUACCGUCACUGUCUAUUUUAUAGCUUUUUUGACACAUGAAUUAUGAAACCACGAACUGUGAUUUGUUUUCUUCCUUUGCAAUGUCAAUUGUAAUCAACCGAACGUUUAAAGGAUCGUGAAUAAUGUAGCAGCGGUACUUAGUAUAAUUGCUUUACCUGUUUUUAUGCUUUAAGACGUCUUAUUUUCAUAGAGCAAUCGUUAAUGUUAAACCCUUAGCUUGGGCACUGUCUUUAUACCUUGUCUGAUACUGGAUUGGUAGUGUCAAAGUUCAGCUUACGCCAAAACUUCAUUUAUUAAAAAUACUCGCCUAUGAAAUGAUUUUACUCUUACCUACAUGUUUGUAAUCAAAACGGAACAAAAUAUUUCCGGUUUUGUUCUGGUUAUACUGAAUUACUGAUCACAUCACAUAUCAACCUUUUCUUUCACGUUUCAUUUUAUGGGAGUGAAAACAAUAAAUAGAAAAUACUUGUUUAGUUUGUAAACUAACAAUUUAAAAUUCUCCAAAAAAUAAUCUUUUAACAAACCAGAUCUCUUUUUAAAUGACAAACUGCAAAAAUGCGUUGCAAAUGUCUAAUAUUUUAAGUCUAGGCUAGCGAUAGAUAUAACACGAAAAACAUAUAUUAAUAUUGCUAUUAUUAUAGACGUAUAUGUAUCUUUGAAAUGAUAUUCAAGCCAUAAUAAUAUAUUUUGGUAUAAGGAAAUUUAAAAUAUUGUAUUUCUCGUCUAAAUGACAUUUGCUGGGUAGUUUUCGAUGCACUGAAGUUUUUCAAAUUUAGUUGUAAAAUUAUAGCAAUCAUUGUAAGAAUUAUUUGUAUGUUAAACUGAGAGGGGCAAAAAUGUCGAGUGUUACCAUCUUACGUGUCAAAAUUCUACCUUGUUUCAAAUACGUGUGAUAUUUUUGCCCCCUUAUUUCAUGGUGAUUUGACGUAACCAAUGUUGUUUUCUCAGAGUUUUUUAAAAAUAUAAUUGACAUUUACUUGCUUACGUCAAAGUUAUUUUAAUGAUUGAGGUUGAUAUAACUAUAGUUUACCAAAUUGAUAUAAAUAUGGCGUAACCUCGGUUAUGUUGGCUGAGCAUGUAACAGAAUAAAGUUUAUAAUUAUAAUUUUUAUUUCAUUACAUGUACAUAAUAAACUUACGUUAUUUUUAAACUAA